UAAAGUGAGGAGUGCUGAGCAGAAUUUAAUAACUGCCUGUCAGGUUCACAGGUGAAAACGGAGAAUAUUAAUCACACAUUGAAAACGGGCGGCGACAAGAUGGCCGGGGAACCGUCGUCUUUGAGCAGUCUGGAGGAAGAGCUGACGUGUUCCAUCUGCCUGAGCAUUUUCAACAACCCGGUGACCACACCGUGUGGACACAACUUCUGCCUGAGCUGUCUAGACCUGACCUGGAAGGACGACUUGGCUCUAGGCUACAGCUGCCCUCAGUGCAGGAACCAUUUCUACGCCAAACCCACCCUGCACAAAAACACCGUGCUGAGCACUGUGGUGGACACCGUCAGCAAGUCACUGAAAGGCAAGAGCCAGGACGAAACGAAGGGAGCGGCUUUGGAUUCGACUGUAAUAUUCUGCGACACCUGCAUGGUCUCCAAAGCCUCCAAGACUUGUCUGACGUGCAUGGUCUCCUACUGCGACUCCCACCUCAGACCGCACCUCGACAACCCCGUCUUUCACGUCCACCAGUUGACCGAACCCCUGCCUGACCUGCAGCAGCGCAUCUGCAAAGAGCAUCACAAGACGCUGGAGUUCUUCUGCAAGGACCACAACAAGUGCAUCUGUGGAGCUUGCCUGCACUCCCACUUAACCUGCAAGUUUACUUCACUCGAUUGCGAGAUCGCCGAGAAGGAAAAAAAUUUAAAAGAAAAACUGGCUACGCUGAGAGGACAGAUUGAGAAAACAAAGAAUGUCAUUUUUGAGAUGAAGGGAGAGCAGUCGUCUCUCAGAGAUUCAGCGGUGAACAGAAAGGCUGAGCUUGAGGCAGAGUACCGCGUGAUGAAAGACCUCAUCGAAAAGGAUGAGAGGGAGGCAAUGAACCUGCUCGAUCGUGAAGAGGAGAGUGCCCAAGCCCGGAUCCAGAGCCUCAUGCAGAGAAUGACAAAAAACAUUGAGGAGAUGAGCAGCUGCAAAGACCAGAUUGAAAGCGUGCUGGCUCAGGGGCAGCAAAUCGCAGUUCUGCAGUGCACAAUAGAUCUUCCAAAAUCAGCAACAUUGACUCCUUAUGCUCCCGGAAUCAACAUGAAUUCAAAACAACUGAAAAUGUACAACUCAAGUGCCAUGUCUCUCAAGAAAUACCUCACAGACGUAUUAAGCCUGCCAGUGGAGGAGAGAGUCCAAAUGCUGAAUGCAGGCGCAGAUAAGACUUCUGAUGUAGCUGAGGACAACAACCCCACAAAUAAGCCAAGGGAGAGGAUCAACAAGAGCGGCAAAUCUCCCAAACCACCAAAGCUCAGGGAUCUGCCUAAAAAUACCAAAAAUCCACAAUUGUUGCCUGUUGUUUCUGUACCGGUUCCACUGUUUAGUGGAAAUAGCCUUCUGGGAGCAUUUUACUAUGGACACACAUCUCAAAAUUAUAUGUCAAAGAUCAUCAAACCGAUCGAUCCUACAGAAGUAAAAAACAGACACGAUCUUCAACAAAAAUAUCCAAAACCACUGCCUGUUUCUGUACCUGUCCCACUGUUUAGUGGAAAUAGUCUCCUGGGAGAUUUUGUGUCAAAGGUUGACAAACCAUUCAAUCCUACAGAAGUGAAAAACAGAAACGAUCUUCUGCAAUAUGCUUUUGACCUUACACUGGAUGCCAAAACCGCACACAGAAGAAUCGUCAUCUCAGACAAUUUCACCAAAGCGUCAGUCUCGGAUGAGAUGAUGUCAUACCCGGACAGCCCAGCGAGAUUCACAGUCUGCUCCCAGGUUCUGUGCUCCAAAGGAUUCUCCAGGGGGCGUCACUACUGGGAGGUGAAGAUGACCAGCAGCAACUUCUGCGCCAUUGGCGUGGCAUCUGGCAGCAUCGAGCGCAAGGGGGCGACCAGCAAGCUGGGGAGGAACAAGGAGUCGUGGUGCAUCGAGUGGUUCAACGUGAAGCUGUCCGCUUGGCACGACCAGCGUGAGACAGCCCUGGAGAACCCCAGCUCCAGCAGAGUCGGGGUGCUCCUGGAUUGCGACGGGGGCUCCCUCACCUUCUACAGCAUCUCAGACCAUCUCAGACUCAUUCACACCUUCUCAUGCCGCUUUCCAGAAGCCGUCUAUCCGGCUUUCUGGCUGUUUUCCAGCGGCACCGCAGUGUCUCUGUGCAAGCCGACUGCCUAACACAGCUCGGCAUCUUAAACAGCUAAAUCCAGCAAGUACCUAAUUCAUUUCUC